AUGGGAAUUACCAAAGAGGAGAUGGUGAGAGCUCUGCGCGCAAGCGGAGUUGAAGUACCGCUGUCCGCCACACUGGGGCAAAUUCGCCGAAUGCACGCUUCAUUGAGCACUGCCGCUGCCGCUGACCCCGUUGCCGCACCCCCUGCUGUGCCUGCCGCUGCAGUACCUGUUGCCGCUGUGCCCGACGCUGCCGUACCCACUGCUGUGCCAGCCGAUGCAGCCGUGCUCACCACCGCUGCACCCGCUGCCACCGUACCCACCGCUGUGCCUGCCGCUGCAGUACCCGUUGCUGCUGUGCCCGCCGCAUCCACUGUUGUACCCGCCGCAUACACUGCUGUACCUGCCACAUCCACUGCUGUACCCUCUGCCACCGUGAUUACUGCUGUGCCUGCCGCUGCAGUACCCGUUACUGCUGUGCCUGCCGCUGCAGUUCCCGUUGCCGCUGUACCUGCCGCAUCCACUGCUGUACCCGCCGCCGCUGUACCCGCUGCCGCACCUGCCUCUGCUGCUUACACGUCCGCUAUGCGAGCUGCUGCCUCGCUCGCCGCACCCGUCACUGAUCCUAACGUUCCCUGA